AUGAACGCGCAGCUGGCGAUGGAGAACAUCGGCGACCUGCACGGGGUGAGCCACGAGCCGGUGCCCGCCGCCGCCGAGCUGCUGAGCGGCAGCCCCCACCACCGCGGCGCCGUGGCCCACCGCGGCGGGCAGCUGGCGGCCCCACCGAGCCCCAUGGGCAUGGCGGCCAUCCUCGACGGCGGCGACUACCACCACCACCACCGGCCGCCCGAGCACGGCUGAGCGGGCCCGCACCCCACCAUGACCAUGGCCUGCGACCCCCCCGGCAUGAGCAUGAGCAGCACCUACACCACGCUGACCCCGCUGCAGCCGCUGCCUCCCAUCUCGACGGUGUCGGACAAGUUCCCCCACCACCACCACCACCACCACAAACCCGACCACCACCACCACCACCAGCGGAUCCCGGGCAACGUGAGCGGCAGCUUCACGCUCAUGCGGGACGAGAGGGGUCGGUCCGUGAACAACCUCUACACCCCCUACCACAAGGAUGUCGCCGGCAUGGGGCAGAGCCUCUCUCCGCUGUCCGGGUCGGGCCUGGGUGGCAUCCACAACUCCCAGCAAGGGCUGCCCCACUACGCUCACCCCGGCGCCGCCAUGCCCGCCGAGAAAAUGCUCACCCCGAACGGCUUCGAAGCCCACCACCCCGCCAUGUUAGCCAGGCACGGCGACCAACACCUCACCCCCACCUCCGCCGGCAUGGUGCCUAUCAACGGGAUCCCGCACCACCCCCAUGCCACCCUGAACGCCCAGAGCCACGGGCAGAUCCUGGGCUCUGCCAGGGAGCAAAACCCUUCUGUAACCGGUUCGCAGGUCAACAGUGGAAGUAAUUCAGGGCAAAUGGAAGAAAUCAAUACCAAAGAAGUAGCUCAGAGGAUCACCACCGAGCUCAAGCGGUACAGCAUCCCCCAGGCUAUCUUCGCCCAGCGGGUGCUGUGCCGCUCUCAAGGGACCCUCUCGGACCUGCUGAGGAACCCCACCUGGAGCAAGCUCAAAUCCGGCCGGGAGACCUUCCGCAGGAUGUGGAAGUGGCUCCAGGAGCCGGAAUUUCAGCGGAUGUCUGCUCUGCGGCUGGCAGCAUGCAAGAGGAAAGAACAAGAGCACGGGAAGGACAGAGGGAAUACCCCCAAAAAGCCUCGGUUGGUCUUCACGGAUGUCCAGCGUCGAACUCUACAUGCAAUAUUCAAGGAAAAUAAGCGUCCAUCCAAAGAAUUACAAAUCACCAUUUCCCAGCAGCUUGGGUUGGAGCUGAGCACCGUCAGCAACUUUUUCAUGAAUGCACGGAGGAGGAGUCUGGAUAAGUGGCAAGACGAGGGCAGCUCCAAUUCAGGCAACUCAUCUUCUUCAUCAAGCACUUGUACCAAAGCAUGAAGGAAUAACCACGAACUAAACCUCGGUGGAAAAGCUUUAAAAAUAAAUAAAUAAAUAAAUAAAUAAAUAAAGACAGACCAGGACCUCAAGAUAGCAGGUUUAUACUUAGAACUAUUUGAAAAAAAAUGUUAUUUAUAAGUCCAAAGAAACCAAAGACUUAUUUCACCUGCAUUAUGACUUUGUUCUAAGACACACGCUUUAGUAGGAUGACGACUUGCAAAAAAUAAAACAAAAGAAGACAGCGAAAUGGAGUGAACAAAGUGGAACACAAAGAGAAGAGAAACAGACCACUGGUCUCACACCUUCGUCCAUGAUCAUCUUCACCGUCCUUGGCUGUUUAGUGGUUUGGAGCAUAGUGAUUUCUUGUCAUUGAAGGGACAUCUUUUCAGAUAUGGCUCUUCAUUUCCACAGCGAUUGCCAUGAAGGUGUGCAGUGUAUCCGUACUGUGUACAUGCCGGUGGUUAGGGACUGAGUCAGGGCUGGUCUGCAGAGAGGGUUGUGCCGCAGCGCGACCGGCAAGGCGUGGAGUCGUCUGAAUUCAUUUGAACGGUAGUGUGAUUUUUGCUGUUUCAGUGUUUGAGCUUCCCCGGCAAGAUGCCCGGAAACAAGUUCAAACUAGGCAAAGAAAUUUUGAAUGGUACCUAAACCAGUGCAUUCUCUUUGUUUGUUAAGGAAUGUUCAGAUUUAAAAAAGGAAAACUAUUCCAUCCAUAAAAAAUCGACUAGCUACCAAAGAACACAUUUAAUAAUUAUAUUGCAGGUAUUUUAUUGCAAUGAUUUUAAUAUUCCAAAGCUAUUUUUACACAAAAUACUAUGUAGAGUUAUAGGUAUAAACUAAUCUAACUGUAUAACACAUAAAAACUUGUAAUCAAGACUGUUAUUUGCCAUUAGUAAUACCACACUAUCGUUUCUUUUCAUGAUCAGCAAGAAAGAAUGCCAGCAGCGGUGGGGCCAGCGGCAGGCGGGGGGCUGGUGGCCAGGGGCCGCAUCCAUCACUGGUGCCAGUGGCAGCAGGUGGCCUGUGCUGCCCCACGCGCCGCCCCAGCCGAAAAGAGACAACACACAAAAGAGAAAAUCUGAGGAAACCUAAAACCACAGGGCCCCAUGCCUGAUCAAUGCCCAUUGACGUUAGUGAGCUGCUGCUUUUUUUUGUUUGUUUGUUUUUUCUUUUUUUUUUAACCUAUUGACUUUCCUAGGCAAAGGAAUAGAGAUAGCUUUGAAGGCUCGGGGUCUUUUCCCGUCGAAAACAGCAGUACGACAGCAGGUAAUGUUGGUGGAAACAGCUCCAACAGGAGCUCCGGGAGUGCUUUUGGAAAGCCAAAUUAUGGUUCCUCUGAAGUCAGUAGCAAAGUCCCCAUGACACCAAGGCACAGCCUGUUGUUCCAUGGCUUCAUAUCUGUGGGCAGCAGGCUGAGCUUUUGUUCUGUGCAUUCUUUCUUGCUCAUCUGUUAAUCAGGAUAAUGCAUGAAAUAGUUUAAAAUUUGUAGUUGAAAAGCUUUAACUGCUCUGUUGCUAACAGAACCUUAGAAGAUAAACCAUCCCAUCCCUACUCCGAUAAAACUAAAAAGUAAAGCAUGCAACAUCUGCAUAUUAAAUUUUAGUGUAAGGGGAAAAUAGACUUUAAAAACCGUACAUGUGCCUGUUAGAUUUCUAACCGGUGUUCCAAAUUGCUGUAGUAAUUCUAUUAGUUACAAUUCCAAAGUAACCAAAUAUGCAGGUUAGGCCCAAAGGAUUAGAAAUAGGUAAUCUUACUUACACCCUUUUUUAAAAAAAAAAAAAAAAAAGAGAGAGAGAGAAAAAAAAAUCAAGGUAAACUAGAAUCCAGACAAUAUCAACAAUGCAGGUUUUGGUGAUGAAGCCCGCUCAAAUAUUAGCAACACCAAAGUUGAGCACCUUUGUAGCACCAUUGAUUUCCCAAGAUGACAGGGUCUAGUCAAGUUUCAGGGUAUACAGUUAAUUUCCAGUAAGUAUUUAGAAUUUAACUGAAAUAUCUCUUUAUUAAAAUAAAGUCAAAUAAAACCAAGGUUUCGGGCAACAGAUAUUUCUCCCCAUUUUUCUAUGUUAAACCCAGUUUAAGAAUGGCAAAGCAAAUAUCUAUUCAAAUGUAAUCUGUGACGUUUUACUGCCCCUAGCUUACCUUAAAUUUUAGCGAGCUUUCUUUUUAGUGUUCCUUUCCCACCAAGGCAUAAUUGACAAAUAAGCUCACCUAUAAAGUAUCUUAUGAAUGCAGUUUCAUUAGUGUGAGAUUGAUAAAGGACAGUGGUAACUAAUGUUUAAGUUUUUUCCAGCAAAACACUGCUUUGUAACGUACCUAUAGUUUAGAAAAGAAAGCCUUAUUUAUUUAAAACUUGAGAAUUUAAAAAUGCAGGGAAAUUCAAAGUACAUUGAUGCAUUUUUUAGUAUUUCCAUUGUAUUGUCUUUAGAGACUACUUGCUGAAACCAAAGAGAACUUUCAUACCAGCAUUAAAUUUGCACCCAAUAUGCAAUUUCAGGAUCUCUGAUACACACACACCCACCCACACAAGCCCCUGAGUAGAUCUGUGUAUACACACACGCACACACAUUUUUCUGUGGGUGCAUAUGUGUAUACAUGCACACACAUAUAUCCACACACGCCAAAACUGAUGCACAAGUUGUAGAUUUUAAGUGCUAGUGUUUUGUUUUGUUUUUACAUGUCCGUUUAAGUAUCUCUAAACAUUUUGUUUUUUUCCUAAGCCAUCAAGAACAAAACCACUCUUCCCCUAAGCAAUAUGCGCCUCAUACUCUAAAUAGACCGAGAACACACUUUUCUUUAAUUGAGUUCAAACCAUGAAGCAAACAACUACAGGAAGGCUCCUGCCGUGCCCCGGGCGCGCUGCCCGGCCCCAUGCCCUGGAGCCCGGGCAGAGUGUGCCGAGCAGCCCGGGCCCGCUGCUGUUGCUUCCUGGCUGCCCACCUUCUCUGGCGCUGCGCUCGAUGCCACGCAGAAAGUCCUGCCUCCAUCGCGUUAGCUUUAGUCUGCCCGGUCACUUGGGUGAGAUCGGGACUUUAUUCCUGACAAACUGGAAAAUAGUUUCAGAUUCCAAAACCAAAGGACCUCAAAAUCUGCCAGGAACAGUUAGGAGAGGAGCAGAACCCGAAACGCCUGGGAGCAUCGGGAGGCCGGGCUUCAGUUGUGGGUGGCCCCACGGGCACGUUUGGCUCGCGGGGGGCAGCCCGCGCUGACCAUAAUGGCCCCCGGGGAGGCCGGCUGAGCGGUGAAACCUCCACAUCCAUCCCCAUCCUAAACGGCACCAUUAGCUUUCCAGGGAAAACGAAAGGCUCCCAGCAGGCAGUGCUGCUCGGUUCGGCCCCUCGUGGCUUCCCAGAGGCCUCAUCCUCCUCUCCUUACUCAGGUAAAGCCAGGCGACCAAGAGCGAGGCAGCCGGCGGUGGCAGGCCUCGUCCCAGGUCCGGAGCAAGCCAGCAGUGGUGGCGGCGCUGCCGGGGUGCCGCUGCUGGGCCCAGCAGCACCGCUGGCCUCCCGCAGCCCUGGGACGGCCCUCCUCGCCCCAGCUGCCACGCCAUGCUCACGCCCUGAGGAACGGUCCUUCUUUCUACUACUCUUCCUCCUGUCCUCCUCCUCUUCCUCCUCCUUUGUACAUAAGGAUGAAAACUAUGCAUUUAGCAAACAAAGAGAAAGCACUUACCCUUUUCUAUCCAGCUGCGUUUGGGUGCAUUCAAAGGUCCAGAGGCUAAUUUUGAGACUUUGCUUAGCCUUCUGGUUUAUUAUUGUGGUGUGGUUAGCUUUACAAUACAUUUGGUAACUAUUUGCUAAAGACAAAGAAGCAAAAGGUAAGGAAUAGCUACUUCCACGUGUUUAAAAAAAAAAAAAAAAAGAAAAAAAAAAGUGUGUAAAGAUCUACUAUUUAUAGUGUGAACCAAAGACGCUACCUCACUCAAUUUCCAUUGGUGAUUUUAAUCACAUUGAUGAUACCAAAGAAUACCAAAGAUUUUUCAUGCACGGCCUCGGUCUGUAAAGGGAACUCCUCCUCCUCACCUCCCCAUCCCUCCCACCCUGUCCUUGCCUCUACUCAGUGUGUAGACUUGUCUUCUCCUUAAUAGUAAUGAUGGUAACCUGACGAAUUCUUACUUCUCUUACUACAACUGCUACUACUGACGAUGAUAAGGAUAAUAAUAAUAAAGCUCUAGGCAAACAUGUUGCAAACUUUGUAAACUCCUAGGACGAGUGCCUUGCUUGAACCAAAGUGUUAAACCGCUGUUGACCUCUUUAUCUCUCACCUUAUACUCUUUGAAUACCUCAGCCUGUUAGAAAGGCCACUAAUGAAAAAAGGAAUAAUUCUUCACCGUGGUGCUUUUUGCCGUGCAACCAUGCAAUGAAACUUUCUUUGAUACCAAAGGAAAAUGUUUUUUUCCACUUUCUUGCUGACAAACCAAAGGUUCCUUCCUCCUUCCCCUGCAAGCAGCGUGAGUCCCUCAGCCCAGACAGGCCGUGCAUUUCUUUUACCAAUUCCUCCAAAUACCUCAUAGUAAUAAAUUGUUAGGGUUAUGUUGUAUAGAGAGUCUAUGUGAUAAGGCAGAACUUACUAGUUUGAUAAUUGUUAAGGUUACUUAAAAAAAGCUUUAUAAUUCUUAUUUAUUUUGUAGGGGUUGUUUUGUUUGUAUGUUCCUUUUUUAUUGCUGUGGUUGGGUUUGGGUUUCUUCUUUCCUUCUUUUUUGGCAGAACUUCUCUGUUAUACUCAAGGAAGAUCCUAUUCCUGGGAAUGUUUCAAAGUGGGUAAAGAUCGCUGUUUGCAAUGAAUUCAAGAAAGGGAAAAAUGGCUUUGAUUUCUAUUGUUUCGGUUUGGAUGCUUUGUGUUUGCUCGUCAAUGUUCUUUUCACAGGGUAAAAAAAAAAAAUAUUCUCUGCUGUGAUAAAUGGUCCCUAUUUUUUCUCUAUAAUGUGCUGUGAUUUUUAAUUUAAUUACAUUUUGUAUACGCUUAUUUAAUCACUGCUUUAAUUUAUGACUAUGUAGUUUAAAAACGAAUUGUAUAUAGUAGAUUCAAAAAUGGCCAAAGCUUUAUGUUACAAUCUUUUCAUUCUUGAUGCUGAGAUAAACUGAAGAAGAGUGCUUCUCUUGACUGCAGGGUGUAUCUUCAGACUUGUCUUGGCAUGCACUUCGACGCGUGUUCCAAACACUGCCAGGUUAUCCCCCGGGCCUCCCUUCCCCCAGACUUGUACAUGCCAAAAUGAGUGUUUCAAGGUCGUGCUUUUGUCAUUAGAAAGCAGAAAGGCAUUAUUAGUGCGUUUUUCCUUUAAUUUAUUUGUCUUUUUCUAGAAAAGGUUCCUUUGCGGGUAAGACUCGCGCAUCCAAAGAAUUUCCAAGUUGUUUAAUGUUUCAAAGCACUGGCAUUUGUGAGAGACUUUGCUGAGUUCUGUUUUCCUUUGCCAUUCGCACGGGGAGUGCGAGUAGCGGGCGGGCGCCCCGGGGGGGCGGCUGGCCGGAGGCUGGUGGCGCCACUCAUG